AUCGAGUAGUCGCUGCUUGACUGGUGUCCACGCGUGGCACGUGACAUAUCAUACUGAAUUACAGAAUAAUUGGAUUCUUGAUAAGCGAGCCUUGUCGUGUCAGUCUGUAGUUGCUCGCGCAGUGUUUCUGAGUGCUUCAUUUUUUCUUUGCUCUGCCUGAUCAGAUUCCACUCCAGUGUGAUACAGCAUGGCGUUGUUCCGUGGCCUACUCGAUUUUUUUCAAAACGAUAAUAAGUUAGAUGAGAAAACCGGCAUGACCGGAAAGCAAAAAAAGCUGGUACAAAACACAUGGGCGAGUGUUCGUAAAGACGAAAUCUCGUCUGGAAUGGCCAUUAUGACUGCUCUUUUCAAGCAACAUCCGGAAUAUCAAAAUCAAUUUAAACUAUUUAAAGAUAUUCCUCUCGACGAUUUGCCGAAAAAUAAGAGAUUUCAAGCACACUGUGCGAAUAUUAUAUCGGCGUUUAGCAAUGCGAUCGAUCAAUUACACGAUCCAGAAUUAAUGGAAGCAACUCUGCUUUCUUUGGCUGAAAGACACAAGGACCGCGGACAAUCGCUAGAACAUUUUCAGAAUUUGAAACAGGUACUGACGAAUCUCUUGCCUGCUGUAUUUGGGAAGCAAUAUACGCCGGAAGUGCAAGAGGCUUGGAAGAAAAUGUUAGAUUUGAUUUUUUUGACGCUUGCUCAAGUUUAUAAAGAAUAAAAUGUUCAUCCAUCUGUAAUUUUGCAAUACAGAUAUUGUAUACGCAUAGCUUUUGAAAAAAGGCACCUGUCAAGAAAUUUAAUCAUUGAUACGUUUCUUUGUGUGGCAUGAUUUUUACGGAAUUUAUAUGUAUACUUUUUUUGCUGAAGAAUUGUAUAUGCUUCUUUUUACUAUUAUUUUAACUUUAAUUUAAGAAACACUGUGAUUAACGAAGAUUACAUUAUUAUGGAAAAAAAUUGUACAUAUAUACACGCUAUAUUUAAAUAAAGUCAUAAUGUCUAUGACUUGUCACUCCCUUA